AUGAAUAUUAAACUUCAUAAUCACCUUUGGUAAUAAAUUAUUGAUUUUACUCAAUAUAAUUUGGAAAGAUCUAACAGGAAAGCUGAAAAAUAUAAAAUCUAAGAAUAAACUUUUUUCGAUAGAAAUCCUGUAUUAUAACAAUUAUAAUAAUGA